AUGGCAUCAAACUACGACAACCUUAAUGGAAGAACUCUUCUGGAACUGAGUCAACAAGAGGUGCAAGACAUGAUGCAAACUCUAAUAGCUGAACGGAAUGCGGAGAUAAGAGAAAUAGAUGUUUCCCAAAGUGAUCAAUGGGAUCCAAGAAGAUCUGUAGAAGAACUUGAAAGGGAGUCAUCUGCUGACGAUUCAGAAAAUCAAAGUUAUUCAAUCGAUGAAAAUUCUAUUCGUCUUGAAAAUUUAGAAUGGUGUCUUUGUGGUAACUGUCAACUUAUGCCUUCCAUAAUUGAAAGCAUUUGUUGUCGUGAAAAGGAAGAGAUUCUGUACCACAUACCAGAUGGUAAAUCAUGUAUUUGCGAGUCUGAAAAUCACAUACAUGAAAAUGAUCAGGGUUUCCUAAACCGUGUUGCCCAAAUAAUAGGAAGUCUUGGACCAAUGCGUAGUCAAUCCCGACAAGCUAUUACGCAAAGAGCAUAUCGUAAACUGUCAUAUAGAGCCUUUUCAACAUGGAUAAAUGGCGAAAUGGGUCCAAGAAAUAGGAAACCUAUACCAUCGUGUGUAGUCAAUAGUAUUCGACGACGUUUCCCAGCUCCGGAUAAUAUUUAUGUUGGUUUCCAUUACCCUGAGGAUGACGGACCAGCAACAGAGAUGAUAUUAGAUUAGUUUAUCAAAAAUUUAUAUUUAAAAAUUCUAUUUCUAUCAUAUUAUUUAUAUUUUUGUUUUCAGGAAUUCACUAAAGUUGAUAUGUUUAAAAAAUUUUAAUUUUUAAAAAACUUGAUUAAAAAUAUUUAAAAUUUGAAUAUAAA